AUGUCCACUUCAUAUCAAGAGAUGAAUGAAUCAUCAUGUGCUGUAACCGAUCGAUUCAGACAACUUCACGAGUUUCUCAUUGUGGAGGAGCAUCGAAUCAAGUCGCCAAUCAUCGACCAGAUGCGACACACUGCCAAUGCCAUCAGUUCAAUCAUUGAGGAGGUCACCAGCAUCACAACAGUGGUGAAGCCCUAUCAAUCUGUCGUCAUCCAUGAGAACAAUGAUGAGAUUGAUCAGUUGAUCUCAUCAAUCAAUCAAUCGACAUCGCUCGAUCAAUUCAUCAAUCAUUCAGCCAAUAAUCAUACCAAUCAUCACCAAUCGAUCAAACAUUCGAAUGACAAUGAACUGUUGAUGGCCAUCCAGCAAUGUGUGCGUUUAGCACAAGUGUCACAAGAUUCAUCAUACAAGGCAAUGGAACCAUCACGGCAGGUAACAAUCGAUGACGACAUGUUUGAUGUGAUCAAGAGAGACAUCAAGCUAUUCUUCAGACUUCUGCGACAACACGAGUUCAACAAUCACUACUUCUCGCUCACAGGCGACUCAUGCACUUUGUUCAAUCCAAACACAUCCGCACCAUACUAUAUCACUGGCUACAAGCCAAGGACCACCAUAGCCUACUCCACGGUGUACGCCAAGGGCAACGUCUAUGUGUUUGGUGGUCAUGAGUGUCAAUUCACAUACGCCCGGCUCAAUCUUCCCGAGCUGCGAUGGUACAACGACAUCCCAAUCAAGGGAGUUGAGGGCGGCGAAUCAUUUACCGCUUGCUACGAUGGAGAUCGCUCCAUAUACUUAAUCGGUGGUGUGAUCAAUGACCAUGUCACAGACCGAAUUGAUCGCUUCGAUAUUACAACCGAGACAUUCAAUCAUGUUGGAUCACUCCCAAUAUCAGUGAUGUCAUGCGGUACCUUCUUCCACGAUGGAAAGCUAUAUAUCAUUGGUGGCAGCAUUCACAAUGAGGUACUAGUCUACGAUGUCAACUCAUUGCAAUGUGUCUCUCGUUCAGUUAUACAGGAGCUUGGCUACUAUCUGUCUUGUUGUUUCGAUGGCAAGGACAGUAUCUACAUUCUCUCCUCAAAUGGAUUCAUUAGAGUGUCGUUGGACACCAAGCAAGUCGUACAUCUGUGCAAUAAUGACAAAUAUGACUAUCACAAGUUGUUCAUGGGUGACGAUGGUGCCAUCAGGAUGAUCAAUGGCAAGGGAUACAACAUGGAGUACAACAUCGAGACCGACCAAUGGACGCCAUUGAGUGACAACUACCGCUCAGACAGACCUGGGACAGCUGGAAUAGAUAAUGGAAGUUGA